CGCACAUAUAAAGAAUGUAAAUUUACAUUGAUCCAUAAAUUGCAUCGAAAAUUUAUGAAAUAUAUGUCAUUAGAAAAAUUUGACUGUUUUUGUGUUUGUUGUGUUGUUUUGCGAAGGAUUUUAAAUUUCAGCGUCGAAUGCUUGCUUUGUUCGCUAAUUCGAAUAAAAUUUAUAACAAUCCCAGCGGCUUCCAUUUUUCUCUCACGCCGAUUUUGCAUUUUAUUUCUUAAGAAGCGUGUGUUACUAAUCGAUGCAGAAUCCAAUGUCGCUUCGGUGCGCAUACAUGACGUCAGUUUCGCGUCACGUUGUAUGCCGUUAAAGUGCUUAGUGAACAUUUUCUCGAAGCUUCCUUUCUCUGAAAUAAUUUCCGGAGUAAACGUUGCAAUAUUCUUCCUCAGGCAUCCGGGAAUCGUAUAAUUAUUAGCAUUAACUCUUGUCUUUCUCAUGAUUCCAGCAAAAGUGAGUUUCCUUCCACUUUUCGCCAAGAACUAUCUCAUUUCUGCUUCGUCUACUUGCAUUGGUACGAUUCAUUAACUUUGUUCGAAAUUACUGAGGCAGGAAACGAUUAACGGCAAAAAAUCUAUCUAUCGCGAUUCUAUAUGAUACAUCGAAGAAAAAGCUGGCGGCACGCGCGCUUCGACGAAAAUUCACUGGAAACGCCGGAAUUUCGCACGGCACCUGAUCAAACAAUCCCGACUCCCCAUCGAUUCAGUCGAGGUCGCGAUCGAUCACGAGACUUAUAGAUCGUCGAUCUUUUUCUCUCUUAACUUUGCGAAUUUUCGUGCAGUGUUGCACCGUGAAGAUGCGCAGAUUGCUACUUGCUCUGGAAAAGUUGCGCGUCAUCCUUUGUUCUCGUGAUUCUGUUCAUUAACGGAAAAAAAGUUAUCAAGUAUGUCAAUUGCGAGUCACAUACUGAAAAUGAUGUGCAGACUGAUAGAGAAAUAUGCAUUGUGCGUGGAAAUGUAAUAAUUUAAAAAUUAGGAUUUAAUGCCAGUCGAUUUGGCAAUGUCCUUCGAAUCCCCACGACGAAGCAAACAACUCGAUUAUUUUAACCAUGUAUGAUUAUUUGGGUUUGUUGCUUCAUCCGUUCAUCCUUUUAUGUGUUAAACUUUAUUGAUUGCCCUGUAAAUGUAUGAUUAUUUGGGUUUAUGCUUCAUCUGUUCAUCCUUUUAUGUGUUAAACUUUAUUGAUUGCCCUGUAAAUCCUUUAUGCAAAACUGGACUCAAUAUAAUAUCGAUGAGAUGAAAUCUCGAUGCCACAGAUACGCGAAGAUGAACUUAUUAAAUUUUAUUAGUACAAUGGAAGCAAGCUGUAAACUGUAGGAUUAUUUAUAUUUACUUGGAAUUUACUUUACAUUUGUUACAGUCUCUUUAAUUAUCUCCAACCGUCUCGCAAUUUGUCGCUAAUUUAGUUAACAUUUAAAUAAUUAUGUAUAUCAUUACUUUAUAUUCAAAUUGACGUAUUUGCAAACUGUAGAUAGCAUUUUACGCUAAAGAUGUAGCUUACACGAGCUGCGCAUAUAUUCCAAUCUUGUUGAGCCUAACAAUUCUUUUCAACGAAUCCUACGUUCUGUAUCUGCAACAUCGAGGAGAACUCACCGAGAUUACAUUGGUUUCAUCGGCUCCGUGGUCUUUGGAUCACGAAGCUAGGGGACUCCUCAUUAUGACACGGCCGUCGUCAAGACGCCAUCGUCCUAUUCUUCAUGGUGGUCGUCGCGGUCUUCAUGGUCGCCGCCAUCAUGGUCGUCGUCGUCGUUCUCUUCGUCUUCGCUUUCGUUUUCGCCAUCAUGCACGCCUUGCCCGUCGGUUAGGUCUUAGCCGUCGUCGUCUUCGUGGCGUCGCGCGCUCGUUGCUCUCGUGGAGGUUCGCGCCGUCGUUGGUUGGAUCUCCGUUGAAGGAGAGGUGGAUCGUUCUUCCGCGCACACACCCGAUCGCCCAUGCACGCGCGCGCACGCACACGUGCACAAUCUCCAUCUCUUCUUCUGUUGCCGGCGUCCCUCCACCCCACGGGGGAAAAAGGGGCGCUACUAUAUCGGUGGUAUUUUGGUUUUGGCUCGGCUCGGCCCGCGGCAGUUCUGGGAGUGGAGUUCUAAAAACAGCAGAGUGUUCUUAAUAUUCCAUCCAGUGGUUUCGAAGACUUGUCUCUCAUUCAAGACGUGGUGCAACAAUGGGUCGAAAGAAGAUUCAGAUUUCGCGUAUCACAGACGAACGGAACCGUCAGGUGACCUUUAACAAGAGGAAAUUUGGCGUGAUGAAGAAGGCGUACGAAUUGUCGGUGCUGUGCGACUGCGAGAUCGCGCUGAUUAUCUUCAGCUCGAGCAACAAGCUGUACCAGUACGCGAGCACCGACAUGGACAAGGUUCUCCUCAAGUACACCGAGUACAACGAACCCCACGAGUCCCUCACCAACAAGAAUAUCAUCGAGGCGCUCAACAAGAAGGAGCAUAAGGGUGCCAUGUCUCCGGAGAGUCCGGAACCUGAUGCAAUCGAGUACAAUCUCACCCCGCGUACGGAGGCCAAAUACGCGAAGAUAGACGAAGAUUUUCAAAUGAUGAUGCAGAGGCAUCAGCACAAUGGCAGCAGGACAAUGGGACAAUCGAAUUACGCGCUACCAGUAUCUGUACCAGUGAAUUACGGCGAAUCUAUCCUUGGAUCUAGUCCGCAGAUGGCACACACCAGCAUUUCUCCACGUCCAUCAUCGUCUGAGACGGAUUCAGUGUAUCCUGCGGGAGGAAUGUUGGAGAUGAGCAAUGGUUAUCCUCCAUCAGCGUCACCGUUGGGUGGUUCGCCUAGUCCAGGACCUUCGCCCGCGCUCGGAGUCGGCGGAGGUAAUGCAAAUAAAGGCAGUAAUCCAUCGAGGCAUUCGCCGCAACCUCCGCUUCCACCACCGCCGCCUCAUCCUCACAGGGGUAACCUUCGAGUGGUUAUACCGACACCACUCACGCAAUCUCUCUCCGAAGACACUAAUUAUGAGAAUACCCAUACACAGCCUGCGUUGAAUACACCGGUAGUAGCGUUACAAACACCAGCAGUACCGGCCGGAUAUUCUAGUUUUGGACCAACUGAUUAUUCCUCGGAUCUCGGGAGCCUAGCAUGGUCUCAUCAGAGGUACGUUGAUGACUUAUCAAUGUAUUCGGCAGCCACCAUGUCCAGCAUCAGUGGUCUUCCUCAUCUGGCUGUAUCAAGUAGUACACCACCUCCAUCCACGUCACCUUUGCCCGUGAAAAUCAAGAGCGAACCGAUCAGUCCACCUAGAGAUCCGCACAGUGGUAGCGGGUCCAGUGGACCGAGUAACGCGAGCAAUCUGCAUCACACGAAUCUGACUGUCGGCCCUUCGUCCAGUACCGGCGCACCGCCCGGGCAUCACGUGUCCCAUCCAGGCCCUCAGACCCUAAACUUGGUAUCGAGCAGACCGAGCAGCAAUCCGCCGCCGUCCCAUUCGGGAAGCAUAACACCGACGAAUCUACCGUCGCCGGGAAAUGGCACGGUCGGUGACAUUAGAACGAACCAUUCGAGCGGCGGUAACAGUUCCGACUAUGAGAAUGGGCCGAUCAUGAAACGCUCGAGAAUCACGGAGGGUUGGGCGACUUAAUGCCGAUCGUAUUGUUGCGCUCAUCAGUUGUUUCAUACCUCUUCGACGUACAACGGCAUAUAUAGUGCUUGUGAGUUCCAAUACGAUUAAACAAACUCCUUUUAAAAGCGUCUUUGAGACACGUACUUCGUACUCUACGUACCGCGAUGACCGGUAAUGCUACGUGGCGGUACGGUACGUACGGGUACCCGCCGUAGCUAGUGCGGAGUGGAAAAAUCUGUUUAUAUUUUCAAGCUAACACAGAAUAUACGUUUAUUUGAAGAAAAGAAAAAAACGGUGCCAUAAUGUUGAAACUUUAUAUAUAUAUAAUAGAUACACACACAUAUAUAUAUAUAUAUAUUUUCAUGUAUAUAAUUGAAGUGUUGUUUGUAUAUAUGUCAUAAAAUUCGUAAUAGCUUUCGCGACACAGCAUCGUAUCCUCGAUGCUUGUCGCAAGGAAAUUUAUGCGGAGGGAAAACAGUAUGUUAGAGAAUAACGCAUUACCCGAUUGUGAAAUUUUUGAAAGUGUACUAAUAUCGAGUCUAAAAAGAGCUUGCGAAGAAAUCUGUGCUGUAAUGUAAGAUUCGUUAAGAUCAGAUAUCUUACUGUCGCAAUUCAUUGUUGUUUUGUACGGUAUAGUAGUCAGAAUGCGCCAUAAUCUGUUAAUACAUGAUCUCGCGCUGUAAAAGUACGUUUCACCCAGAUUUUCCAGUUGCUACCUGCGCUUCGCGAGUUGUUAUUGCACUUCCGUUAAGUGCGAUAGUAAUUUACUUAUAAAUCGACCAUUUUUUUCCGAGGGAAAUGCUCGUUGGCAAACUUUCUCGUUGCUCGCAGUUUCUGUCCGAUCGUAAAAUUUAUAUCGAUACAAACCUUUACGUUUUUCUUUCACGAUUUUUAUAUUCUCAGAUCAACCGAUUUUCCAUUUUAAUAUCCAUGUUAAAAUGAGUUCAUUAAUGUCUUAUGGUUUCCAGACACGAGGAAGUCGGCUGCUGUACUCAGACUUAUUCAUGAUAUUCUAUAGAACAAGAUUCGAAAUUAAUAUAUUGAAUUAUAAUAUGAGGUAACAUGAAGUAGAUAGAUAGGCAUAUUAUAUAAUGUUGAUUAAUAAAAAAAAGAUAUACACACAGCGCGCGUAUAGAUAUAUACAUAUAUAUACACACGUUAUAUACAUUUUCCACAAGUAUUUUGCACAUUUGAUAUAAAGAAGAAUUAUGAGAGAAGGAAGCUUGGAAAUUUUGCAACCCUUGAAGCCUAAAGAUGCAUAACGAGAGUUUAUAUGCCACAAGUGUAUAUGCCAUCUACUCUAAAAUGUGAUUAAACAAAACUUACCGCGUAAGGAGGAUCGAGUGAUAUUAAUAUUAAUAACUUUAAUCGUAAACGUUUAAAGAGAAACCAAAAUUACAAUCCCUAGGUAUUACUGGACGUGUAAUUUGCCAAUUACGAUGAACUAAUCACGAUUAGUUCUCUUCUAAGCAACACUUAAAUUUGCAGAAAUGGAUUAUAACAUAAAAGAUGAAUUAUAAAAAAAGAUGAAAAAAUAUGCUCGUCACAGAGAUCUAUUCUGUAAUAUAUAAGGAAUUAUUAUAUAGAAGAGAUUAUUCUUUUCGAUGUACCAGAAACGCGACCUUCUCGGCCAACAGUUGCGUAAACGCGAACUUGAAAGACAUUUGGCAAAAUAGGGUUGCAAUUUGACGAUUAACGAUGUAUAGAAUUUACCUUCUUCCUGAAAUCGGUGAAAUGAAAAUGUGUCAAGGCGAUUUUCAAUGUACGUUUUACAAUCUCAGGAUGUGUCCUGGCGAGAAACUAGCUCUCGAGAGUUGUAUUUGAUAAAUUAUUGUAAUUAACGUACUAACGGAGUAAGCAGGUAUAUGAAUGAAUAGUGCCUGGCACCAUUUGUGGCCCUCCUGUUAGGAUGCUUUCCCAGAUCGUAUAUGCAGUACAAUUUGUUAAUGAAGUCUUGGAAAUAAUAAGCUAAUUAAGCGCGGCAUACGCGACAUAUAUGAUGUUGUAAGCUUUAUAUCGUGACUUUUUGACAAGUAGCACGGGAAGGCAAUUAAUUAAUGUGAUCGACGGUUGUACAAUUGAGGUAUAACCCUCGAGAUAUCCACUUUCCUUCAUUAACGCAUAUUAGAAGUGUUUCAUAUGACGGUACAAUCGGUAUGCGAGAUACGAAAACGCAAAUGCGUAUAGUCACUAAUUUUAAUCACGAAUUUUUAAGAUGAUCACAAAGUGCAAUCUCUUAGCCAACACACUUUUUUAUCAAACAAUAAAAAGAUAUAAAGAAAUUGUUAUUUUUCAUAACGAAGAGAGAAAAUUUAAUGUAUUAAAGAUAUAUAUGUCUCCACUAGUUAUUAAACUUUUCCUAUUGACACGAAAUUUAUUAUAUAUUUAAUUGAUAUUUAAUUGUAAUAUAUUCUAUUCGCGUAUAUUAUAAUAAAAGAUGAUCGUAUAUAACUGGUUCACUUAAGUAAACGCUUACAAGCGAAUUUACAUUCGGCAACAUCAUAUUAUGUUUGGAUACAUUUAAUUGGUACGUUGAACAAGAAUGCAGGUGAAAUUGAUGGCAAUCUCUCACGUUGUUCUAUCAAGAAUAUUAUAUUCUCCGUUAUAUUGCGGUGUUUUCUCGUAACUUUGUUAUAUAAAGUGAAAACAUUGGUUUCAAUUUUAUCGGCAUGUUAUAUUUAAUGUUAAAAUUCCUCUGUAUUACACACGUACAUAUACACGUGCACACAUACACGCACACGUACACACACACACACACACAGGAUAUAAUUUAAAUUUCAUCUCGACGGAUAUUUGAUAUGAAAAUCCUGAACUUGUUAAUUCUUUCUCUGAGAUACCCUGUUGUGAUAUCGAAACUAACAUGAUCCUGAUGCAUAAUAGUCCAUCUAAGAUCAUUUUGGGUGUUCCGACAUCAACACUUCUAUAACAGUCACAAUGUGAUGUGAAAAGCAUGAACAGUACUUUAUAUGCAACGUUUAUAUGUGCUAUUUGAUCUAUUUUAUCAUAACGUGCAGUAUGACGUAACUCAUAGCAAAACCCGUAAGAAUAGGCGAUUUGUUAAAUGUACGUUAAGUACAUGUACGUACACUUCAAUGUAUAUUUUUAAUAUGACGUACGUGUAAGCUAUAUCUGUGAGCAAAAGUAAGUGUUGAUGUAAUGAAGGAUGUACUACUCGUCUUGAUUGGCACAACUAAUGAUAAAGUAUAUUAUUGUACGUUGACGCUAUACAGAAUAGAAUAAAAUUCGUAUUCUGUGAUUUUUACUGUUCGACCAAGAGCAGAGACACGGAAAGCGUACUUUAACAUGUGACAAAGGUAUGUUCUUAUUUCUCAAGGCGUUUUGUAUCCCGGUGACUCAAGUUGUGUUCUUCUACAUAAGUUUUCCGCUUUUAUAAUUAGCUCGCUUGGACUAUUCCAAGUAUUGUCCAUUUGUGCAAAAUCCUACUAAUUUGUAUGAUGUGACAUUGAUUUAAAUUCGCGCGUUAUUCUAGAUACUGUUUGGUUACUUGCCGUGAAUUACGCAAUCAUAUAGUUGUGCCUCAAGAUAUCAACAAAUAUAUUCAAUACGUAAAGUAAUGAUAAUUAUUGUAGUUAACAAAUCUCAGAGAGACUAUUGAAAUUGUUGGAACGCUGUGAACGAAAUGGACCAUCGUUAGACGAGCCAUACGCAUAUAAGAUAAAUGAGGUCCAUAAAUGGAUGGUUAGACGUUUUAUAUUGCAACAUAAACUGACAUUGUUUUGGGAAAAAAGGGCCAUUAUAGGCUGUAGGCAAUGUUCGCAAAUAAUCGAAUUGCAAUGCACGGCACAAGUACCAGAUCACUGUAACAAUGUAGUAAAAUGAAAUACGAUGUACAUGUACUAGCCACAACUGUUGUCACCACAAAUAAAUAAAUGAAUAAAUAUAUAUAUAUAUAUAAAUAUACAAUUUUAUAUAUAUACAUAUAUAUGUACAUAUAUAUGUAUAUGUAUAUGUAUAUAUAAAUUUAAAUACAGGUUUAAGUACUGGACAUAUCUGUAAAGCCAAGUAGCAUCACAUUUUUAAACGUCGUAACGAUAUCGCCAUUUUACUGUUACUAUCUGUAUCUGUGCAUUUUGAAACUACGAAAAAAACGGUAUUGCCUGUUUGAUACGUACGCGAUCACACCAAAAGUCAUUAUACAGGAAGAACCCUCAUAUAUAUUUUUUAACGUAUAGUUAUCGCAUUGAUUUUCCCUUGCUUAGUUUUGAAAUGCACUUUAUAAACAGAUGGAGUACGGCCGGGAGUGACGGGGCAUAGGGGAAGGGGAGGGGAGGGAAGGGGGGGGAGAAACAUACUUUAAACGUUAUUAAUGUAGUUAUACGCGUAUUUGUAUAAUACGGUUUAAAGGAAGGUUGUUUAAGACAAUUCCUCCAAUUGCGUAUCAUAUUGUUACAAUUGAUUUCCGAGGUACCGUUACAUUGUACAAUGUAUAAAUUUUAAAUAGAGCUCUGUAUGUAUACACACAACAAACACACACGUACACAUACACACAGGACUACAUACUCACAUAGACGCAUACACAAAAGAUUUGCAUCAUGCGUACACGACUGGACGUGUGCAUGUGUGGAUAUAUAUGUAUAAAAAAAAAUAAUUAUGAUAAUGUAAUAGUAAUAACGAUACAAUAUUAUAGUCGUGCGUUACGUUAGCUGAUAAUUGCGAGAAUAAAGGAAAGUAAUUCAUAUAGUGCCAUCGUAACUGACUAAUUAAGGGAAUACCGAUUUUACGUUUUAAGUAGUUAUCAUAGAGAAUACUUGAGGAAAAGAAAAAAAAUACUUAAAAUGUUGAAGACAAAGACUCGGUUUAUGUUUGUAACGAUAAUUGUAAAUGUUUGCCAAGAGUUUGUUACAUAAGUAUGAAGCCAUUGAGAAAUUUUACGUGCUAAAAUCUCAAAGACACGUUUUAUCGCCUCUUUAUGCACACUCGGCGCCUCACACACAACCGUACUCGAGCUCGCGUUCGUGUGAAAGGGCGUAGACGCGGAAUUAAAGCUCCUUGUUUAUACGUUAUACUUUUGGUGCUCGACAUUACCCGGUUAUUGUUAUACGUUUAUUAUUACUGAUCUGUAUGACCAUACUACCAUAUUGCCUAUUAUUGGUCAGUAUAAUCAUCGUCAGAGUUAGCGAUAAAUAAUGAUUAUUUGAUAACGCUCUAUAUGUACACAUCACACGCAACAUACAACAUUGUAAACACAUACACAUUGUGGUUAUAUUUCAGUGUAUCAGCAUAAUGAUAUGAUUAUUACGAUGUUGCCCAUAGAAUACAUUUUACUUGGUUUUUACAUUUGGCAGUAUUUUAUUUUAGUAUUAUUCCAUCCACCUGUGCGUAGCUUUCUCAACGUUCGACUUGUGACUUGUACGUUGUAGUAUACGCUCUUUCAUCUCUUGUAUUAACGUUAUUUAUAUUUUACAAUAGAAACAGAGAAAUUCAAUUGAUUCGUUCGGUUAUUUUUGUUAAUUCACUUUUAUGGCUCACAUGCUUUCGUUGUGUAUUUCAUUCUUUUGUGACUAUUCUCGUUGUCCGAAAAUGGGCGAUUGUUUUUUACUUUCAUAUGUAACGUUUUGUUAUCGUAAAACCGUGUUUUGUUGCUUCUUAAUAAGGCUAAUAUUAUUUCGAUUGUAUUCUUCUUAAGUAAUCGUACAUAUACAUAGCAUUGUUAACAUACGUGAAUCGCUGUCACACCGAUUUUGUUGUUUUCUGAAAUGUUUUACGAUGUGCAACUAGUUGUUUCCUAAAAUAACUUUAUUUCGCUCUCUAAACUAUACCAGAUAACUAUCUUCGUAAAUAAUAAUCGAAAUAUUUAACACGUUUAUGCUGGAGAAACUUAUGCUGGUAAAGAUUAAUUAUACAGUCAAUAGUCGAUAUAUGACGAUAACUAAUAAUAAUAUAUACCAUAUAUCUGACGUGUUAACAAUGACAUUUUAAUUUAUUGAAAAUAAGUCUUUCUGAUAAUAGCUUACGAAAAAGAAAUUUUUCAUCAGGCUUGUUUUGUGUUUUUUCUCUGCAAUAUUUACGAUUAUUAUUUAAUCAUGAUUAUGUGCAUUAUCCGCGCAUGUAAUUGUUCCUUCACGCAUAUGUCAUGCAGUUUUCCAAGAUGUAAUAUCUUUCUAAUGUGCAUUCUUUGUAAAUCUCUGUAAAUUGCGAUAUUUUUGUAACACUGACGUAUACUGCAAUUUGGUUCAAGUGAAUUUGUAUCUCGAGAUUUCGUAUAAUGAGAAAUUUUAGAAUAUCAUGCGUAACGGUUUUCUGUGUUUGUCGCUAAUAUAUAUUAUGCCGUAAAAGAUAUCACUGCACAAUUACAGGAGACCAAAUUUUUGCGAGCGACUUUCAUGUCGCAUGUAUGUGAAGCUCCACGUAUCAUAUUAAAGACUUUACCACGCGAAAAUUAUAAGUGUUUCGAUUCUAUAAAUUUUGUGUAAAAACACGUUUAUAUAUGAUGAAAAAUGUUUCAACAGGUUUUGAUAAAUUGACAGUUUUUCAAUUUUGCGCAAAUAGCUUCCAUUGAUUCUACGCAUUCUUAUUUGGGAUUCUACGACGUCUUUUUUAAAUUGUGUCAGUUUAUAAAAUUCUAUAUUAUUUAUGUAUCAUAUAGAGAGAUAAUACGUUGUACUUAAUACUUAAAUCUAAACUGAUGCAAUGUGAUGAUUUUUUUCAGUUCUUAAAUGGAAAUCGCGUUCACAGGUAUCAUUCGAAUAAUAGAUGAUAAAUUAGGUACACAAAGUGUUCUGUUGUUUUACUGCUUGAUUGGAAGCCUUAUAACUGAUCUAUGUUAAUGACUUCCGCAUUGUACAUAAUGUGUCCUUCAACCUUUGACUUAUCCUCUCUUCUCUGGACGGUCAAAAGGGCAGUUAGCUACAUGUUCUAAACUUUAGGGAUCUCGACCACGUGUGUGCACAUACUUUAAGAUAAAACUCGGUACGUUAUUCAGUGUGGCACAACAUGGUUUGCACUGAAUACCAAUCUUCAUUGUGACGUCCACUAAUGUAAUUUGCAACGAUUGUAAACACGUAAGAUAGACAUCGGAGAAUAAUCACGUCCUUGGGACAGAAUUCAAGACAAACUGCGAAUAAACAUAUCUCGUUGAUAUAUCUCGACAUUUUUGAGUACUUAAGCACAUUGAAUAAUCUAGAAUGUAUAUUCAAAAGUGAGAGAAGCAUUGUUCACAAAAGUUUUUGUAUUUAUAAUAAAUACGUGUAAUCGUUAGCGGCAUAUUCCGCAAGUAACAAUCUACUUGAAUAUUCCAAACACGAAAAUUCAAAAGAUAUCUCAAAUACGUCUUCAGGAUAUUCUCGUGACAUUCCUUAAUAGAAAGCAAACAAACUUUUAGAGAUUUUAGAUUAUUAGAUGCUGUGUUAUCUAAGUCCCUUUUCUUCUUCGGUUGACAGUGUAAUCUAUCAAAGGGACAAUAAUUUGUUGAUCUAAUAUCAACACAGAUGGACCAUAUUCAAAUAUUUUAUACACCACCUGUCCCAUGAUUUAUGCAAUUAUAUUUUAGAGCACAGUUUUGAUUUUAUAAUAUUAAGGAAAAUCUAUCUUAGUAUUAUUAAAUUCGAUUAACGUAAAAGAAUUUUUCUAGGAAAUUAUUCAAAAGAGAGAUUAUCUCUCUUUCUCUAGCGACCUUGUUUACAUUUCUAUUCUCAAUCAAUAUUUCUACUCUCAAUCAAUUCUCUUCAUAAAUUGAGGGACAGGUGUCAUGAACGCUGGAAUAGCGUUCACGACGUCAAUUCCGGAAGGCAGAUUUUGCGGAAAGCUCUAUCUUACGUGCGUACGAUCAUGCGUUUAUCCUCUGUAGAAAUGCCUUAUUAUCACGUGCCUCAAUUAAUAUUUAAACUGUUCACCUGCUUAUACCUUAUUACUCGUUAGUCUAUGUAACGAAUAUAUAUGUGUAAUAUCGAGUUAUUCUUUGUACUGCUCUUGUAAAUAUAUUCUGAAGAAUUAAUGU